UAAAUUGAAGCAAAAUCCUUGUUGGAUAACCUUUUUCGAGAAAACUCUCGCUCUACUCCGUUUUCGAUCUUCCCUUCCAUGCGUUCUUCGCAGACGACUGUAUACAGUUACCAUAUCCCUUAACAGGUGAACAGAACAUUGGUGCUAGGGUGGCUAUGCCUUGACUGUUUGCCUACCAUGAACUUUGGGUUUCUUAAUAAUGCCCCAUGGUCCAAAGCUCAGUUGAAGACUGAUUCAUGGGAAGCUUCCAAAUCCAUGACAUCUCUAGGAGAUCAACCAAGAGAAGUGUUCCAUAGUGAUAUUAGAUUAUUUGGAUGGUUUUUUUCCGUCCUCCGAUUUUUUCCUUGGACAAGUAAUGCUAGAGACAGAAUUCAAAGACCAACUACCAUCAAUAGAGGGUUAAAGAGGCGUGCACGAACUCGUGGGAAUGUUGAGAACGGCAUUGAGGUUACUCCUUUGCGCUUUAGGCCAUAUGUUUCCAAGGUUCCAUGGCAUACUGGGGUGAGAGGAUUCCUUUCUCAGCUCUUCCCUAGAUAUGGUCAUUACUGUGGGCCCAACUGGUCCAGUGGAAAAGACCAUGGAUCUCCUGUUUGGGACAGGCGGCCAAUAGAUUGGUUGGAUUUUUGCUGUUAUUGUCAUGAUAUAGGGUAUGAUACUCAUGAUCAGGCUGAGCUGCUGAAGGCUGAUUUAGCAUUCCUUGAUUGCUUAGAGAGUCGAAAUAUGAGUACGAAAGGAGACCCCCAUGUUGCUCUUCUUUACAAGACAAUGUGCACCAAUGGUCUUAAGAACUUCUUAAUACCGUACAGACGGCAUAUUUUAAGCCUACAGGCUGGGCAGCCUUUGGUUCAGUUUGGAUGGCUGAGCAAUUUGAGAUGGAGAAGCUAGAGCUUGCACAAGUCACUCUGCUGAUGCUAGACUGAAAUAUCCCUAGUAACUUGCCAUGACCUGAUUAUAUAUAUAAUGUACAUAAUUACUAAUGUCUUGAAUCGAAACAUUUGAAGUUUGGGAAGUUAUUAUAAAUUGGCGGUUUAUCUUGUAAAGUUCCUCCAUUACUAAGGUUCAGAUGAAUAUGCCCAAAAAACAAAAGAAGGGGGAAAAUGUUCAAAUUGAACCGUAAGCGGUGGAGAAAAUAGGGUUUUUCUUUUACCAUGUUAUCUUUAUUACCAGUGACCAAUGGUCAAUUUGGGUUCAGUGUUUUAAGAAUAAGGAACUAAUCUUGAUAAUUUUGACCAA